AUGAAGGACAUGCUAACAGCUAAUGGGUUUGGAUGGGACAACGAGAGGAUAGUGGUCACGGCUCUUAAUGAAGUAUGGGAGAAAUAUCUUAGGUCUCACCCGCGUGCCAAAAGACUCCAUGGGAAACGCAUCUAUAGAAUGGAUGACCUUGCAGUUAUUGUCGUAUCCGACCAAGCCACAGGACGUUAUGUGCAAGGCAGUAGGAGUAUGGCCGCAUUAGCAUCAUCUUCUUGUCUUCAACGAAAUCUUAAUGAUGCAUGGAGAGAAAUUGAUGAUGAUAUGGAUGAAACGAUUGACCUCUUAGAGGAUCAUGUAACAAACUCCACAGGGACCAUUCCAUUUUCGUCGGACAGUCCUUCAACGGGACAUCGCAGCUCCCGUAGCACUCCUACUCGCACUGCUGAUUCCGAUGGUAGCCGAGGUGAGACCACAACAAGGAAACGAUCGCGCCCUCCUCGACUUUGUGAUGUACUCAAGACCUCUCUACAGACCGUUGCAGAAGCUAUGCUUAAUUUUGGCAUCGGCAAAGAGGUGAAUCGCACGGUCAAAGUACUUGAUGUACUAGAAGAGGUGGAAGGCUUGACCAACUCAGAGUUUCUUGAAGUUGAUCAGAUCUUGAGUAAGGAUGAGAAGCUGACAUCGUUCUUUGUCAGUCUUCGACCUGAGCGCCGAGUGGAGUGGUUAAAGAAAACACUUUGUGAUAACUUCGGUGAUGGAGGUGUUGGAUCCGUCUGA